GGGGCGCUGUCACGUGAUGUGCGUGGCGACGUGUCGGCCAUCUUGUGUUGUUGAGGCUGAGGACUGACUUGGGUUCUGAGAGACUCCCCCGUCCCGGACCGCAGUGUUAAAAGGACCUGAACAGUCUGCUCAGACCUCUUGCUGUGAAGCAGUUUUUUCCACAUACAAAAAUCUGUUGUAAAAGUACGGAAAAGAAUGGCAGCGGAAACACAGACACUGAACUUUGGGCCUGAAUGGCUGCGUGCUUUGUCCAGUGGUGGGAGUAUUACAUCCCCUCCUCUCUCUCCAGCAUUGCCCAAGUAUAAAUUAGCAGACUAUCGUUAUGGCCGAGAGGAGAUGUUAGCGCUUUUCCUUAAAGACAAUAAGAUACCUUCUGACCUCCUGGAUAAAGAAUUUCUGCCCAUUCUGCAAGAGGAGCCCUUGCUGCCGUUGGCUCUUGUGCCCUUCACAGAAGAAGAACAGAGGAACUUUUCAAUGUCUGUAAAUAGUGCUGCUGUCCUGCGAUUGACAGGACGAGGAGGAGGAGGAGGCACGGUGGUGGGGGCUGCUAGAGGUCGAAGUUCUUCGAGAGGGCGAGGCAGAGGCAGAGGUGAAUGUGGUUUCUACCAAAGAAGUUUUGACGAAGUGGAGGGUGUGUUUGGCCGAGGAGGUGGCAGGGAGAUGCACCGAUCCCAGAGUUGGGAGGAAAGGGGUGACAGACGUUUUGAAAAGCCAGGACGAAAAGAUGUAGGGAGACCAAGUUUUGAAGACGGUGGACCAACAUCUGUGGGGAGAAAGCAUGAAUUCAUACGGUCAGAGAGUGAAAACUGGCGAAUCUUCAGAGAGGAGCAGAAUGGUGAAGAUGAGGAUGGAGGCUGGCGACUGGCUGGAGCUAGGAGGGACGGGGAGAGGUGGCGGCCUCACAGUCCUGAUGGCCCUCGUUCUGCUGGCUGGCGGGAACACAUGGAGCGCCGGAGAAGGUUUGAGUUUGAUUUCCGUGACCGGGAUGAUGACCGGGGCUACCGGAGGGUGCGCUCUGGCAGCGGAAGCAUCGACGAGGACAGGGACAGCCUGCCUGAAUGGUGCUUAGAGGACGCUGACGAGGAAAUGGGCACUUUUGACUCCUCGGGAGCGUUCUUGUCUCUCAAAAAGGUGCAGAAAGAGCCUAUUCCAGAAGAGCAGGAGAUGGACUUCCGGCCUGUGGAGGAAGGGGAGGAGUGUUCUGAUUCUGAGGGCAGCCAUAAAGAAGAAGCCAAAGAACCUGAUAAGAUAACCAGGAAAGAUGGGGAGAAAACAGAUGAUGCAGGAGGUGAAACUAGUGAGGAAACAUCCCAAAGCUCAUCGUCUGCCAGACCAGGUACUCCAGACCAUCAGCCUCAGGAAGCACCACAGUUUGAGAGGAAAGAUGAACUGCCAGCUGAGGAAAUGGGAAAAGCUGAAGAGGAAAGUCGGAUGGAGAACAGUCUACCAGCCAGUGUGCCCAGCAGAGGGGAUGAAAUGGUUCCUGAUGUCCAGCAGUCCUUGUCACAGAUUCCUUCAGACACAGCUUCCCCUCUUAUACUUGCACAUCCCGUUCCCAGUCCCAGUCCUGCCCUCCGGCAAGUCGAAGUGCCAGUCGUGGGUGCUCCUGGAAUGGGUAGUGUUUCCACAGAGCCAGAUGAUGAAGAGGGUCUCAAACAUUUGGAGCAGCAAGCUGAAAAGAUGGUGGCUUAUCUCCAGGACAGUGCCCUGGAUGACGAGAGACUGGCAUCAAAACUACAGGAGCACAGAGCUAAAGGAGUGUCCAUUCCGUUGAUGCAUGAAGCGAUGCAGAAGUGGUAUUAUAAAGAUCCUCAGGGAGAAAUUCAAGGUCCUUUCAAUAACCAGGAGAUGGCAGAAUGGUUCCAAGCUGGUUAUUUCACUAUGUCGUUAUUGGUGAAGAGAGCUUGUGAUGAAAGCUUCCAACCUCUUGGUGACAUCAUGAAAAUGUGGGGGAGGGUUCCCUUCUCUCCAGGUCCAGCACCCCCUCCCCAUCUGGGAGAAUUGGACCAGGAACGGCUCACCAGGCAGCAGGAACUCACAGCCUUAUACCAGAUGCAGCACCUCCAGUACCAGCAGUUCCUCCUACAACAACAGUAUGCGCAGGUCGUGGCUCAGCAGCAGAAAGCAGCCGUGUCUUCGCAGCAACAGCAGCAGUUGGCCCUGCUUUUGCAGCAGUUCCAGGCACUGAAGAUGAGAAUAUCUGAUCAGAACAUCAUUCCCUCAGUCACUAGGUCUGUGUCUGUGCCAGAUACUGGCUCAAUCUGGGAGCUCCAACCAGCAGCCUCGCAGCCCACAGUGUGGGAAGGAGGUAGUGUUUGGGAUCUUCCCCUGGAGACGCCGGCACCAGGCCCUGCCCUCGAACAGCUUCAGCAGCUGGAGAAGGCCAAAGCUGCCCAGCUGGAACAGGAGAGAAGAGAGGCUGAAAUGCGGGCAAAACAGGAAGAGGAAGAGCGAAAGAGGCAAGAGGAGCUGCGAAGACAACAAGAGGAAAUCCUUCGGAGACAGCAGGAGGAAGAAAGGAAGAGACGGGAGGAGGAAGAGCUUGCCCGAAGGAAACAGGAAGAAGCUCUGCGGCGCCAGCGGGAACAAGAAAUUGCAUUAAGGCGACAGCGAGAAGAGGAAGAAAGAAAGCAACAAGAAGAAGCUCUCAGAAGACUGGAGGAAAGGAGAAGAGAAGAGGAAGAAAGGCGGAAGCAGGAAGAGUUGUUACGCAAGCAGGAAGAGGAGGCUGCUAAAUGGGCACGGGAAGAAGAAGAAGAAGCCCAGCGCCGAAUGGAGGAGAAUCGGCUGCGAAUGGAAGAGGAGGCAGCGCGGCUGCGGCAUGAGGAAGAGGAGCGGAAGAGGAAGGAGCUGGAACUGCAGCGGCAGAAGGAGCUGAUUCGGCAGCGGCAGCAGCAGCAGCAGCAGGAGGCCCUACGGCGGCUGCAGCAGCAGCAGCAACAGCAGCAGCUGGCCCAAAUGAAGCUUCCCUCAUCUUCAACCUGGGGCCAGCAGUCCAGUGCCACAAGCUGUCAGACUCAGGCAACACUGUCACUGGCUGAAAUCCAAAAACUGGAAGAAGAACGGGAGCGGCAGGUGCGAGAAGAGCAACGGCGACAGCAGAGGGAGUUGAUGAAAGCCCUCCAGCAGCAGCAGCAGCAGCAGCAGCAGAAGCUCUCAGGCUGGGGCAACGUCAGCAAGCCUGCAGGCACGGCUAAGUCACUGCUGGAGAUCCAGCAGGAGGAAGCCAGGCAGAUGCAGCAGCAGCAGCAGCAGCAGCAGCAGCAGCAACAGCAGCCACACAGAGCCCGGAAUAACACACAUUCCAACCUGCACACCAGCCUUGGAAGUUCUGUUUGGGGCUCCAUCAAUACUGGUCCUUCUAACCAGUGGGCAUCGGACCUGGUCAGUAGCAUCUGGAGUAAUGCUGACUCUAAAAACUCCAACAUGGGAUUCUGGGAUGACGCAGUCAAAGAAGUGGGACCCAGGAACUCAGCAAAUAAAAACAAAAACGCCAGCGUCAGUAAAUCUGUAGGUGUGUCUAACCGGCAGAAUAAGAAAGUAGAAGAAGAAGAAAAGUUGCUGAAGCUCUUUCAGGGAGUAAAUAAAGCCCAAGAUGGAUUUACCCAGUGGUGUGAACAGAUGCUUCAUGCCCUUAAUACGGCAAAUAACUUGGAUGUUCCCACGUUUGUUUCUUUUCUAAAAGAAGUGGACUCUCCCUAUGAGGUCCACGAUUAUAUCAGGGCCUACUUAGGGGAUACCUCCGAGGCCAAGGAGUUCGCCAAGCAGUUCCUUGAGCGCCGUGCCAAGCAGAAGGCUAGUCAGCAGCGGCAGCAGCAGCAGCCCCAGCAGCCCCAGCAACAGCAGCAGCAGCAGGACUCUGUCUGGGGCAUGAACCACAGCACACUCCAUUCAGUAUUUCAGACCAAUCAGAGCAACAGCCAGCAAUCCAAUUUUGAGGCUGUGCAAAGUGGCAAGAAGAAGAAAAAGCAGAAGAUGGUGCGAGCAGAUCCCAGUUUACUAGGGUUUUCCGUGAACGCCUCCUCAGAGCGACUCAACAUGGGUGAAAUCGAGACGCUGGACGACUACUGAGCGCCUCCCUCUCCGGGCUGUCCACCUCUGGAUGUGGCAGUCACUGUCCCCACCAUAUGCUCCUCAGCGUCUACAGCCAAUCCCGGAACCCGGCAUCUCAGGCUCUCUGUUCUAGCCCUCUCUGUCCAAGACCCUUAAACCAGUUGUGUUGGCAAGCACCUCAGGCUGAGGCUGCAUGGACUGGACCCUCAGUCUCGGGUGGCAGUUGGGCUUGCUCGUCUGCCAGGCUGACUGGGCGGUGAUGCCUGCUGUCUUCCAGAUGUGUUGGGAUCUGCCAGUAGCAGCUUCUGUCUGUCACUUUCUCCUACUAUUUUGUUUUUUGGUUGUUUUGUUUUGUUUUUCUUUCUUUUCCUCCCAUAAGGGCAAGAGGUCUAACUGGUGCAAUUGUGAAGAGAGAAUGGUUAACAGACACUGGCCAGCGACAGACACCCGGCGGACUGUGGCU